GGCAACGCGGGCUGGGCUUGGGGCGCUUCGUUUCUUUCCGAGAAGAAGGCGCCGGGAACCUCGGGAGGGCGGCCCGAGCGCCCCCGUCGCCUGCCUGGACGUGAGCUGAGGCUGGGCUUGCGCGUCUCCUCUCCGAAGAGCAGCGCUAUGGCUGGGGAUGGGCUUGGUGGAGGGCGCUGGCGGCGGCAGCAGCGGGAGCUCUCCGGAGCCCCGGCGGCGCGCCUUGCCCGGUGUUAGCCAUGGCAAAUGGCAGCGGCGGAGGAGGAGGCGGCGGCGGCGGUGGCGGCGGCGGCUCCAGCGGCUCCAACAGCUACUACUCGGGAGGAGGCGGCGGCGGCAGCAGCAGCGGCGGCGGCAUUAAGAUGAGCAUCAGCGCCGGCAGCAACCUGAACACGGACUCCUCCUCGGCGUCCUCCAAGCCGCCCAACGCGCUCAUCAUCCCCAUGACCAUGGAGGUGCCCUGCGACAGCGGCCAGCGCAUGUGGUGGGCCUUCCUGGCCUCGUCCAUGGUCACCUUUUUCGGGGGACUCUUUAUUAUUCUGCUCUGGAGGACCCUCAAGUACUUGUGGACCGUCUGCUGCCACUGCGGGGGCAAGGAGAAGGAGGCCCAGAAAAUAAGUGAGCCUGCAGAGCCCCAGGCAGAUGGGGAAUUGAAACCCACAGAUGAGAAAGAGGAAACUGUGGCAGCAGAAGUGGGCUGGAUGACCUCUGUUAAAGACUGGGCAGGGGUGAUGAUUUCAGCCCAAACCUUAACUGGCAGAGUUCUUGUUGUCUUAGUCUUCGCUCUUAGUAUUGGUGCUCUUGUAAUAUACUUCAUAGAUUCGUCAAACCCAAUAGAAUCUUGCCAGAAUUUCUACAAAGAUUUCACGUUACAGAUAGACAUGGCUUUCAACGUGUUCUUCCUACUCUACUUUGGCCUGCGUUUCAUAGCUGCCAACGACAAACUGUGGUUUUGGCUGGAAGUAAACUCAGUGGUAGACUUCUUCACAGUCCCUCCAGUGUUUGUUUCAGUGUAUUUAAACAGAAGUUGGCUGGGUUUAAGGUUUUUACGAGCUCUUAGGCUGAUACAGUUCUCAGAAAUUUUGCAGUUUCUGAAUAUCCUUAAAACAAGUAAUUCCAUCAAGUUGGUGAAUCUGUGCUCUAUAUUUAUUAGCACAUGGCUGACAGCAGCUGGAUUUAUACAUUUGGUGGAGAACUCAGGGGAUCCAUGGGAAAACUUCAAAAAUAACCAAGCACUUACAUAUUGGGAAUGUGUUUAUUUACUAAUGGUUACUAUGUCCACUGUUGGUUAUGGAGAUGUUUAUGCAAAAACAACCCUUGGUCGCCUUUUCAUGGUCUUCUUCAUCCUCGGGGGAUUGGCCAUGUUUGCCAGCUACGUCCCUGAAAUCAUAGAGUUAAUAGGAAACCGCAAGAAAUAUGGUGGUUCCUAUAGUGCGGUUAGUGGAAGAAAGCACAUAGUUGUCUGUGGCCACAUAACAUUGGAAAGCGUGUCCAACUUCCUGAAGGACUUCCUGCACAAGGACAGGGAUGAUGUGAACGUAGAAAUUGUCUUUCUGCACAAUAUCUCUCCUAACCUUGAGUUGGAAGCUCUUUUUAAACGACACUUCACUCAGGUGGAAUUUUUUCAGGGUUCAGUUCUCAAUCCACAUGACCUGGCUAGAGUAAAGAUAGAGUCAGCAGACGCGUGCCUAAUCCUUGCCAACAAAUACUGCGCUGACCCAGAUGCUGAAGAUGCCUCCAAUAUUAUGAGAGUAAUUUCCAUAAAAAAUUAUCAUCCGAAAAUAAGAAUUAUCACCCAGAUGCUGGCAUAUCACAACAAGGCCCAUCUGCUAAAUAUCCCAAGCUGGAAUUGGAAAGAAGGGGAUGAUGCAAUUUGCCUUGCAGAGCUCAAGCUGGGUUUCAUGGCCCAGAGCUGCCUGGCACCAGGCCUAUCGACGAUGCUGGCCAACAUCUUCUCCAUGAGGUCAUAUAUAAAGAUUGAGGAGGAUACGUGGCAGAAAUACUACCUGGAAGGAGUUGCUUGUGAAAUGUAUACAGAGUAUCUUUCUAGUGCCUUUGUCGGUCUGUCCUUCCCUGCUGUUUGUGAACUGGUCUUUGCGAAACUAAAGCUCUUAAUGAUAGCCAUAGAAUACAAGUCAGAAAAACGGGAAAGCAGAAGCCGAAAGCGUAUAUUAAUCAAUCCGGGAAACCAUGUGAAGAUUCAAGAUGGUACUUUAGGAUUCUUCAUUGCAAGCGAUGCCAAAGAAGUAAAAAGGGCAUUUUUUUACUGCAAGGCCUGUCACGAUGACAUCACAGAUCCCAAAAGGAUAAAAAAAUGUGGCUGCAAACGACAAAUAAAGCAUGAAGCUAUGCAAAGUUACCCAAACUGCUCAGUUCAGUUCAAGAGUUCAAGUACGCAGGCAAUGGUUGGCACCAAGUCCACUGCUGGAAUCCAGGAACCAGUUCCGCUUGUUAAUAACCGUAAAGGAAGCCUCCUUCUACCCAACAACCCCUCGCUGCCGCACCUUAACUUGUUGGGCUCUUUUGAGCAAGGAAAAACUUCCUCUUAUAGAUUUCAAAGGGCAUUCGGCCUAUCUUCCAAAUGCCACCAUUACCAGAACAAAAAGCUGGGGUUGAACCAAGAGCUCCUCGAAGAUGAAGAGCCAACGACAUUGUCACCCAAAAAGAAGCAGCGAAAUGGAGGUAUGAGAAAUUCACCCAACUCCUCACCCAAGCUGAUGAGACAUGACCCCUUAUUAAUACCUGGCAAUGAACAAGUUGACAACAUGGACUGCAAUGUGAAAAGAUAUGACUCAACAGGAAUGUUUCAUUGGUGUCCAGCCAAGGAAAUUGACAAGGUUAUUUUGACUCGAAGUGAAGCGGCUAUGACAGUGUUAAGUGGCCAUGUGGUUUGUUGCAUUUUCGGGGAUGUGACAUCAGCACUGAUUGGAUUGAGAAAUUUUGUGAUGCCAUUAAGAGCCAGCAAUUUCCACUACCACGAACUCAAGCACAUUGUAUUUGUGGGCUCCCUUGAAUAUCUUAGAAGGGAAUGGGAGACAAUGCAUAACUUCCCCAAGGUCUCAAUCUUGCCUGGUACACCAUUAAGUCGAGCUGAUUUAAGGGCUGUCAACAUCAACCUCUGCGACAUGUGCGUCGUCCUGUCAGCCAAUCAGAAUAAUAUUGAUGAUACUUCGCUGCAGGACAAGGAAUGCAUCUUGGCGUCACUCAACAUCAAGUCUAUGCAGUUUGAUGACAGCAUUGGGGUCUUGCAGGCUAAUUCCCAAGGGUUUUCACCACCAGGAAUGGAGAGGUCAUCACCAGACAACAGCCCAGUGCAUUGCCUCCUACGUCAACCCUCCAUCACAACAGGGAAUGACAUUCCUAUUAUAACAGAAUUAGUGAAUGAUUCAAAUGUUCAGUUUUUGGACCAAGAUGAUGACGAUGAUCCUGAUACAGAACUGUAUCUCACACAGCCUUUUGCAUGUGGAACUGCAUUUGCAGUCAGUGUGUUGGAUUCUCUCAUGAGUGCGACAUACUUCAAUGACAAUAUUCUCACACUGAUACGUACAUUAGUAACCGGAGGAGCCACACCGGAGCUGGAGUCGCUGAUUGCUGAAGAGAAUGCAUUGAGAGGAGGCUACAGCACACCCCAGACACUUGCAAACAGGGACAGGUGCCGGGUGGCUCAGCUGGCAUUGCUAGAUGGGCCUUUUGCAGACCUUGGGGAUGGUGGUUGUUAUGGCGAUCUGUUUUGUAAAGCUUUGAAAACAUACAAUAUGCUUUGCUUUGGAAUAUACCGAUUGAGAGAUUUCAAUCAAAGCACACCCGGUGGAUGCACCAAGCGUUUUGUUAUAGCCAACCCAACCUACGAGUUCGAGCUUGUGCCGACAGACUGGAUCUUCUGUUUGAUGCAGUUUGACCACAAUGCUGGCCAGUCCCGGGCUAGUCUAUCCCACUCGUCCCAUUCCUCCUACACUUCUAGCAAGAAAAGUUCAUCGGUUCAUUCGAUCCCAGCAACCGCAAACCGACAGAAUCGCUCUAAGACCAGGGACUCCCGGGAAAAACAGAAUGCAACAAGGAUGAAUAGAAUGGGCCAAGCAGAAAAGAAAUGGUUUACAGAUGAGCCGGAUAAUGCCUAUCCCAGAAACAUUCAAAUCAAGCCCAUGAGUACACACAUGGCCAAUCAGAUCAAUCAGUAUAAAUCUACAAGCAGCUUGAUACCACCAAUCAGAGAAGUUGAAGAUGAAUGUUGACUCACAGAAGGCCAGAACUAUUUUUUUUUAAAAAAAGCCUGACAGACUUCAUGAAUGGUGAUGUGACAUUUAUUCCUCUUUCAUGCCGAACCACUGGUGGAAAAGGUUAAAGAAAGGCAAGUGUUUGCCAGAAAGUAAAUUAGACAGAUCUUUGUUUGUCUGCCUUUAAUAUUUGAUUCCAUGUAUUUUGGAAACUAUUUCAUUUAUUUUAAAAAAACAUAAUCAAAGCAGUAAUGUAUAGCCUCUAGCAUUUUAAAUUAUUUUUAUUUAUUAGAAAGAAAAUAUAUUUUUUCUUUUAUUUCAUUGUCAAGUAUUUUCCCUGAACAAUACAGCUGCAAAUGUGGCCAGACUCCAGGAAAAAAAAAUUAUAUACUCCUGCUCCUUCUUUCCAUGUCUUUGAGGAGAAUGAUGGUCACAACUCAAAGGAAAAUUGUAAUUUAGAGGGACAAAUAAUGUAUUUUAAAAGGUCCACUUUGUAUUUUAGUAAAUCAAAGAAGAAGAACACAAAAAAAGAAAGAAAGAAAGAGAGAAGAGUCUACUAUACUAGAAUGUUUCUUUCCUGGAAGAAGUGUAUUUUGUUUAGCAUUGACACCAGCUCUUAAUAAACUGAAGCAUAUUUAUUUUGAAAAAAGUGGGAAAGUCAUAUUUUUGUAGUAUUAACAUUCUUUUCAAAUUAUCUAUCUGUUUAUCACCAUAGUUACUACAGAUGUUCAUACACAGUAUCUUCCUCCCAGGUGAAUAUAGGAUUCAAUAUAACAUGAAUGGAUAAUAGUGGCAAUAAGGUAGCAAGCAACCAUGAGCAUAAAAUAAAAAAUACAACAUGUAAGUGAGAUGGUCAUGGUACCUUACAGAAGACUGCAGAUGUGAGGCUGCUUUUCUUCUAUGUUCCAUGUUGACUCAUAUCAGCAUAUUGCAAUGGAAAAUGGUCAACCAUGAAUACUUCAAGUUUCAGAGGGCUUUGAUCCAGGCCUGUAGCACAUGCAAAAAGAUAAGUAAUCAGAUCAUGAUAUUUUAAACUAUGAUCUAUGUUUAGCUGAAAAAAAGCUGCAGUUGGGCCUGAAUCACUCUCCCAUAAUGCAUCCUGAAAGGUGACGAAACUAAUUUCUGUACUGGAACUUGCCAAUGGCCUUUUGUAAAGGCCAAAUCCAGCCCCUCAAUCAAUACAUCCAGACAUUAGGUGAGCUCUAACUGUGAUGCAAAUACUGUGGUUCAGGCACUGCUUAUGCCAUGCUACAGCCAACUAAUUUCCGUCUUCCUUUUUUACAUGUUAGAAAUCAACUUUUAAUUUCCAAGCUUUGGGGACUCUGCCCAUAAAGGUAACACUAAAGCAAGCAUAAAUAUAGUAACAAAGAAUAAUGAAUGUAUUUAAUAUAACAUACAAUAGGCCUUUGGAAAAGCUGUCAACAGCUCAGUCAGCGUUUUUUUCACAAAAUGGCCGACAAGCUUCCUAGCCAUCAGACAAAAUUAUGGUGUUUCAUAUCUGUGCUGCAGUAUAUAGUCACCCUGGCAUUUGAGGCUCUAAAUAAUUUAGCACUUUUUCUGAUUUAAAUUAUCAAGCGCUGAUCUAGAUCAUGCUAGGGCAGAUGAUCUCCUGCAAAGAAAGGGGACGACAAUAGGCUGACAGAAAAAAUGACAUCACGUCCCACUAAAGCUAAUUUCAAGCUUUGUAAUUGUGCAAAGUUGUAAAAAUGCCGAGAUUAAACAUUCUGUGAUACUGUUAUCAUUAGAGUAAUAUCAGUGAAUCAAAUGAGUACUGAGCAGAUAAAGGUGUCCACUAUAUAACCCAAUAUUUUAAGCUAAAACUAUCUCAGCUUUAAUGUUUGUCUACUGGCUGAAGUACAAAUAUAUUCAUACUCACACCUAAUAGGCUUAAUUCCGGAGUGACUUCUUGGACUGUGACUACUUUGUCAUUAUGUUUUGUAGAAUUAGCUAUUCAAAAGCGGGGGGAAUAAGUAUUGUGAAUAUAUGGGAAAUUGGAUUGUCUAUCCAAAGUAUUUAUUUUACCACUUUCCUAAAAAUGAGCAAACAGUUUUAUUUACCCAUAUCACAAUACCCAAAACAAAAAGGUGGGCUCUAGCUUUGGGAGACAUUACCACUUGAAACCUAUGGGCAGCCUGCAAUUUGUAUUCAGGAUUUUGCAUUCAUUAAUUUUAAAGUGGGAAAGUCACAUUCCCACUUUAUUUCUUCAAAGGGCACAAUCCACCAAGAAUGUCUGUGAUGGUCCAGCUGUUAUUCCUGAUGGUUGCACAAAAGCACAGGGAUUGUGCCUCAGUCCGUGCUCCUUUUUCAUUCAUGAACUGCAAGUCAAGAUGCAAAAGUACAAUUGGCUUCAAUGUCAAGAAAUUUCAUUCAAUUUCAGUCAAAAUGUACUAAAUCUUUAGCCUGUUUGCUUUGAGAGCAGAACAUUGAAAAUUAUUAGAUUAACCUGUGUUUAUUUUUUUUUUAAGUUUAAUCAUUCAAUUUUUUAGAAAGGCCACAUUGUAUAAAGCAGAAACGUUUGUAACAGAAAAGGUGGACCAUUGCACUUAAAUUGUACACACACUUGCAACAGUAGUACACUUGCAACUCAGCAGUGUACAUCUGUUAUUCUGCAAAGUACUGGCCAAAAUAUCAAUCCAUAUGUAUUAAUAUGAUUAAUGGAAAUAUUUGUAUCCAUGCAAAGAGGACUGCAAAUUGGAAUUCUAACGGAAGCUUUCUUAUUUCCUUCUUUUGACUGCCAAGAGCACUGAAUAAAUUAAUAUGCUAGGACAGGACUAUGUAUAUUCUAAUACUUUGUGGGUUGAAGUGGGGGAAAGGGCAAAAUGUUCUACUGGGUGCAAGAUACAGAUUUCUGCUGCUGCUGCUUUAAAAAAUAAAGCAGCUCGUAUUGCGGUGAAGGAAUCUUGAAAGUGUGUGGGCAAUGCCUGCUGAAAUCUCACCCACUGGAGAGGUAGGCUGAAAUAGAUUUUCAGAUGUUGGGGGAGAGGCUUCAGUGCUCUGCACAGCUCCCUGCUCCACCACCCAUGACCAGCAAAAACAAAACAAAAUACUAUUCAAGACAAAUAUUGCAAAUUCAACUAUUCACAUUAAGAUAUUCUAUAGGAAAGGGGUCCUCCAUUUGCAUACUGCAUUAAAAAUCAGAGAGUUCAACUUUUUAUGGUGUAGAAUUUGGAUUGCCUGAACACAGAUUCUUAAUUUUUUUAGUCCCCGCGGCCCUGGAAGCCCAUUCAGUCAACAACCCAUAUCAAUCUCUGUGGCCAUGGCUGCACUUAUUCCGGUUCCAUGGCCAUAGGAAUUGCUGGCAGCCAUAUCCAUGGUGGUCCAUGCACAUUACGUUGUCCAUGUGAAUAUGAGGCAUUUGGGCUUCUCAUAUGAGGAAGACAAUUUCAUGUGUGAACCACAUGAGUUCAGACAAGGUCUCCAAGUAAUAUUGUUUUUGGAAAGUGUAUGAGAACAAGUUUAAUCUCUGUAAUUACAAGAGUAGAACAUGUUGAAAUUAAACACAGAUAAGAUAAGGUGGGAUAAGGACAAAUUCACAUGAGGGGGAUAUCCACCAGAAGGUGACUUCUCUGCACUUACCUAAUGGUGGGGAAUUAUAUGGCAACAGACUUCAUGAAUAGAUUCCUCAUGCUCUGAGCUGUCCUUACAGCUCCUUCCCCUUUUUUAUCCCUGUGGUGCAGAUGAAUGUAAUUGAGCCCAUCCAUGAGAGUGGGUUCUUCAGGGAUCUAAUGGCCUUGAAGAAUGCAUAACUCUUUAAUCAAUUUGACUAGAAAUAACACAGGAGAAAGGAAAGUCUACACACAACCACCUUUUAAUCAGUUGAAAAGCCAGAAAUUUAGGGCCUGUUCCCCCCCCCCCAUCAUUCUGAAGAAAUAAAAGGGGGGAAAGUGCCAAGCUUAACAUCAGGAUUGUUGUAAUAUUACAAGUAUAUAUGUGGAAAUAUUAAUACAAGGAAAAAAUAUUCAGGACUUCAAUGAAUGUGAUGAUUUAAAAAAUGACUUGCAUGUUCAUAAAACAUUAACCCUCCCCAAAACCAUUUAUUCCAAUACAAAACAUUCCAAAACCACUCCAACAGGAGAGCAAAUUGUAUGGCUAGAAUGAGACAUAAUGAAAUGCAGGUGAAUUGUCCAGUCAAAUAUCAUCACUUGCCACCUAUACUUUGACCACAGUCAAAUAUUGUCAAACAUUCAAAGCUCAAGUACACCCUUCUGCAAGUAGGAGUCUCACUUUAUUUGUUGCCUCACGGUGUCAUCCAAUACCAUAUGAACACAAGAACUUACUAGAUCGGGCCAAGUCCAUCUACUCUAGCAUCCUGUUUCCAACAGUGGCCAAAAAGAUGCUUCUAGGAAGCUCACAAGCAGGACAUAAAGGCAACAACUGUUUGCCCCCUAGCAACUAGUAUUCUGAGGUAUACUGUCUCUGAACCUGGAGGUUCCAUAUAGCUAUCUUGGCUAAUAGCCAUUGCAAGAUCUACCUUCCAAGAACUUGUCUAAUCUCCUUUUAAAGCCAGCUGGAGCAAUGGGCAUCAUCACAUCUUGUGGCAGCAAAUUUCAUUAAUUAUAUAUGGUGGGAAGUCACACUGGUUUAACCUAGUCUGUAUCUACCAGUCCAUUUCAUUGGAUGAUGCCAAGUUUUCAUGUUAUGAGGAAGGAAAAUGCAUCUCCAUACACCUUCCACAUAUCAUGCUUGGUUUUAUAAACCUCUAAAAUGUCCCGCAUUAUUCAUCUGUUUUUAUCAAAACUAAAAAGUCGAACACUUUAGCCUUAUAUGGAAGAUUCUCCAACCAUGUGACCAUUUUGGUUGCACUGUUUGGCACCUUUUCCAGAUCUACAGUAGAUAAUGUCAAGACAAAGGUCACUUGCUCCUCAGUGCUGUAAGGGUCUGCAUUACACAUGCACACACACAUAGGUCAGAAAUGCCCAGGAGUCAGGACUUUCCACUGACUCUACUGCAAUUUCUGUAGUGAGGAGGAGCCUUCACUUUAUCUGUGGUGACGUCAUGUUCAGCUUUUGGAAGAUGGAACUACUUAGACUUUUUUUUAAUCAAACAGUCCUUUUGUAAUUAGCAUAAUUCUGUUCUUUAUUACUGGAAUAAUCAACACAUACUUCAGCAGAAAUUGAUUAUUAUUUGGCAAUAUUUGACUGGUCAAAUGACAACCCUAGGCAUAUUUAAUCAAUUUGCUAUUGGCCCCUUGCUCCUUAAAAGAAUCAAAGCAACUAGACUGCUGAUUGAAAGGUGACCCACCAUAGUGCCAACUUUGAUACUGUCUUAACCAAAGCCCUGUACAGACAUCUGAAGUGUGCAUAAAUGAACACAGAGGAGGAAAUUAAGCUUCUGCCUGCUGCCCUGCCCACAUCUUCCAUACUUUCCAUACACUCAUGAUCUAUACUGUACAAAAAUGAAGAGUACCAACUGGGCAUACACAGCCUACAGAUCUCAUCUGCUGUGCCCCAAGGACCACAAAUACAUGGAGUCCUGCAAUCAUGAUACCAAAUUCUACCCCCUUCCACAAGUUCAUCUAUACACACUUGGAACAUCUGCACAGAGUGAAGGAGUUAAAGGCUACUUUAUGGAGAGGUUAGAGGUAAAAAAUCAGGGAACGGUAAAACCAAGUCUAAAUACGUUUUUUCUGUGCUUUGAGUUUUGUGGAAAUGGAAAAAAUGUACCAAUUUUGAAAUGUCACACAUACAAAAAUAUCAAAAGUUAUUUGAACAGAUGCGAAUGUUCAAUCAAAAUUCCAAUUCUUGUGACAAACAAUGAAGCUUUAUGAAUGAAAGUUCACAAAACUUGAGUUUCCUUCUUGCAUUGCUAACUCUUGAAAUUCAGAAUUCUGUCUGAAACACCAAUUGCUUGGCAGAAUUUAAGAUACAAGCUCUUAAUUGCCUUAAACAAGAUAUGAUGAUGACAACUACCGCAUGGCUUUAAUUAAUACAAGAUAAGCCAUUCAACAGUUGCAAACACAUGAUAGCUAAAAUGGAACCUCCAUAUUCAGAGGUAGUACACCUCUUAUAACUAGAUGCUGGGGCAAAACCCAACAUGGGAUGGCUAUUUUCAUUAUGUCCUGCUUGUGAGUUUCCCAGGUGAAUUGGCUUGGCCACUGUUGGAGAGACAGAGUGCUGAAUUAAAUGGACUAUUGGUCUGAUCUAGCAAAGCAAUUCUCAAGUUCUUAAGUGCACACUGUGCAAUUAACUUUCUAUACUUUUUUGUACUGUGACAUUCACAAUUGUGAUUCUGAAUUAAAACUGGUUUUUUAAAAAUCCCGUCAUUUUAACGCUAGGCUCUAAGCACUAGUAAGAAUCACUGGGGAAGAAACUGUUAUGCUCUCCUCUUCUAGGAUAUAUCAAAGAUUUAUCCACAGUAGACCUAGAUGAAAUAGCCACAAUGAUGAGGAAUGAAGUAGCCACAGCAAUUUGUUUUGAGAAACUUACAGGAGCACUACAAGAAAGAAGGGAAGUUUUGUCAGUCUGCCUCCCCCACCCAUCCUUGCCUACUUUGCCAAAUCCAUACCAGUUACUUAUGCAUUUCGCCCCAUCCUUAAGGCUCAAGCUCAGGGUAGAGAACAAAGCAAGCAGCAGCACGCAAGGGUGAAAGGUAUUCCCUCAAGCACACUAUAUAGCAGUGAUGCAGACGGCAAUUACAGAAAGCUUUCACUAUAUCUUUAAGGAAAUUUUGAAAACAGUAUUAAUCAGGUUUGGAAGCCCUUGAGAGGCAAACAUAAUAGAUAAACUUGAGGGCUUUAUUUGCAGAAACAGUGCUUAAAUACUUUGCAAUAAUAAGCUGCAGAAAUUGCCACAUGACAAGAGCAAUAAUUUACAAGUGGGUUAAUCAGCCAUGCUUUCAGAACUCAGCACUCAUGACACUGUCCAUUAUCCACAUUGUUCACUGCUAAAACGGUCAUGCCUCUUUAUAUGGUCUUCAGAGACAACCGUAGCAUCUGUUUAAGGGCUCCAUUUUGUGACAUGCAGCUGCCAGGGUCACCAGCCAUCCCAUAUUCUAAAGGAUCAUCCCCUACUCCAGAAUAUCAUAAUCCCAAAGACAACACAGAUGCACAUCCAUGUUAACCCGCAUGCACACAUACACAGUCAGCAAGGCUAGAUGAGCAGAGAUCCAGUCGUGCACACAGGGCUCUGUUUCCAUGCACUGAUCUCCCUGGAUUUAAAAAAACAACACCUGGGUUGCCCUUUCUUCUAUGUCAUACUUCCACAGAUUUCAAACUAUCGCCCUUAUUUCAGAGACUUUAGGUCAAAAGUGUCCCUUGGAAAUCUGAUCUGGCAACCCUACAUGCCCAGUAAAGCACUCUUAGGCCAACUUAGUUGCAUGAACUUUGAGAGGUCUCCUUCACUCAUUCACUGAUAAGUCCGUACUGAAGUGCCUCACUGGAGCAAGCAUAAGCAUUAGACCCUGGCAGCAAUGCAUUCUCUAUGCACUGAUCAUCCAAACAUGCUUCCAGUGGGUUUGUGUGUGUGUGUGUGUGUGUGUGUGUGUGUGUGUGUGUGUAUAUAUAUAUAUAUAUAUAUAUAUAUAUAUAUAUAUAUAUAUAUAUAUAUAUAUAGUUUUUUGACAGCUAUUGUUACAUAUUUCAUUUCCCAUAAACUCAUUUCCAUUCCAAUUACUUUCUGAUCUAGAGGCUUCCUAACCAGUUGGAGAAAACUGCAUAUACACCUAAUUUAAAAAUACAAUUUAAAAAGAGGUACAAAAAGAAAAUGCUAGAUUAGAAAAAUCAUUCAAAUGUUCAAAAAGUUAAAUUAGUAGACAUGACAAGAGUUGAUAUGCAAUUCUGGGCAUUUAUAUUCUCUUUCUGGAUCAUGCCCAGGGCAAACAGGUCUAAAACCUGCAAAUGUAAAAAUGUGUGCCAUGAUAGCCCUACAAAUAAGAUUUAGAAGUCCUGUGAACUGUCAAAAGUGGCCUAUCUAAUCUCCCCAUCCGUCUCCCACCCAACGGUGAAGCAAAUAAAGGAUCGUGACUUACAGAAGCAUCUGUCUUAGCCAGCUGUUUCUCCCAAAAGGUACAACUAAAAGAGUCUGGGGAAUUAACUCAAAGUUCAUCAAGAAAAAGGAGUGUGGCUUCAUCAUUUUUGUUUUCUUUUGUUGGCUAAGGAUUGGAGGGAGAGCGAGAGCGAGAGCGCAAAUGCUGGUGCUCAGAAAUGAUCUACCUGACUUUGUCAUAUGUAAUAUCCAGUGAAAAAUAUAUUGUCCUGUAAAAAGGGUUUGUACAUAACUUGUACAUGGUUUCAUUUUGUAUUUUUCUCAGAUUAAAAAUUUAUGUAUUUGUGUUCUAAAAACCAA